UUCAGAACAAACCUGCUAAAAACAUUAAGGAGUUGGGCCUCUACUCCAGUUAUCCAAAUUAAGAGACUUCAUAUUUGAUCUAAAAAUGUUCAACUCCGCAAACAUGGUCUUUUCACUGGACAAUUUUUUUUAUGAAAGACCAGAUAAAAUACAAAGGUAUCUAGAAAAUGAAGAGCCUAAGGUUUGGUGUAUUGCACCUGCUCCGUCUAUUUCUGAAAUUCCAGCUGCAGAGGAGUUGCAGAGGGAGCUGGAAAAAACCACAGCCAGCACUCAUAAGGGAGGGAAAAAACGUAAGAAGUUUAUACAACAAUGUAAGAGUACCUCUGAGGAAGGACAUGAUAAAUCACCAGCACCAGUUCAGUUUGGCAUAUCCUCUGAAAAAGAAGUGCUCCAAUUUAGUGUAGGAGAAAGAGAGAAAAUUAGUUUUUGCCCUGAAAGUCUGAAAAUGGUUUCAUUGUUUCUCUCUUCUGACAAAAAUAAAUCUAAAACAGGAACAGGGGUUUCUUGUCCACCUGGCACAAUUUUUGCACAAAACAAAAGAGAAAGUAAUUUUCCAGAAAACAGUGAUGAUGAUGACGAGAGUGCCCAUUCAACAUUAAGAAAAAACUUAUUUAAAAUGCCUGAUUAUAUGCACACAAAAACAGAACUGAAAGAUAGUCCCAUUGAUGUGAAAGGAAUUGAUACUUACUUAAAUACAACUGAAAACAUGAAAGAAGUAAAAAAAGGUUUAUGGAGAAAUAAUCAUCAUUCUUCAAUAACUGAAGACUCAGAUUUAACUCUGUGUAGGGUAAAUAAUGGGAACAUUGCAUCUAAAAAUGGAAUGAAUAUGAAAUCAUUUCCUAAUGCUUCAGAGAUUCUGGAUAUGACAGGAGUUACAGGAAGAAAACUGGAAAUUUUGAGAGCUGUUACAGAAAUACCAACCCAGUUUAGGAGUAUUUUUAAGGAGUUCCCAUAUUUCAACUAUGCACAGUCUAAAGCUUUGGAUGAUCUUCUGUAUACAGAUAGGAAUUUUGUGAUUUGUGCUCCAACUGGCUCUGGAAAAACUGUAAUGUUCGAGCUAGCUAUUACCAGAUUACUCAUGGAAGCCCCACUGCCUUGGCUAAAUAUUAAGGUUGUUUACAUGGCUCCAAUAAAAGCUUUGUGCAGUCAGCGUUUUGAGGACUGGAAAGAAAAAUUUGGACCUAUAGGACUCAGCUGCAAGGAACUGACAGGAGAUACAAUGGUGGAUGACUUAUUUGAAAUACAUCAUGCUGACAUUAUUAUCACUACACCUGAAAAAUGGGAUAGCAUGACUAGAAGGUGGAGAGACAACUCUAUAGUCCAGCUUGUACGCCUGUUUCUCAUUGAUGAGGUGCAUGUUAUAAAGGAUGAAAGCCGUGGUGCAACGUUAGAAGUUGUAGUCAGUCGAAUGAAGACUGUUCAGUCUUCACUUUGGCAUCUUUUUGAGAAUCAUGACACUGUUCCUCCCUUGAGAUUUGUAGCUGUUUCUGCAACCAUCCCAAAUGCUGAAGAUAUCGCAGAAUGGCUUUCAGAUAGUAAGAUGCCAGCUGUAUGCCUGAAAAUAGAUGAGGAUCAACGACCAGUCAAGCUACGCAAAAUUGUUCUUGGUUUUCCAUGCAGUGACAAUCAGACAGAAUUCAAAUUUGACUUAACUCUUAACUACAAGAUAGCUAGUAUUAUACAAGCAUACUCGGAACAAAAACCAGCACUUGUGUUUUGUGCCACAAGAAAAGGAGUGCAACAGGCUGCUUCUGUUCUUGCAAAAGAUGCUAAAUUUCUCCUGAGUGGAGAACAGAAACAAAGAUUACAGAGGUCUGCAAAUUCGCUGAAAGAUUCCAAACUGAGAGAUCUUUUAAUGUAUGGUGUGGCUUAUCAUCAUGCGGGUAUGGAGUUAUCUGACAGAAAAAUAAUUGAAGGAGCCUUUACUGCAGGAGACUUACCAGUACUUUUUACUACUAGCACCUUAGCAAUAGGAGUCAAUCUACCUGCACAUCUGGUAGUCAUAAAAUCCACAAUGCACUAUGUUGGAGGAGUGUUCCAAGAGUACAGUGAAACUGACAUUCUGCAAAUGAUUGGGAGAGCAGGAAGGCCUCAAUUUGACACUACAGCUACAGCAGUUAUUAUGACUCGUUGGAGCACAAGGGAAAAGUAUAUGCAGAUGUUAAAUGGUGCUGAUAUAAUAGAGAGCAGCUUGCACAGGCAUCUUGUUGAGCACUUGAAUGCAGAAAUCGUGCUGCGUACUGUCACGGAUGUCACUGUAGCUUUGCAGUGGAUACGAUCAACAUUCUUGUACAUCAGAGCCUUAAAAAAUCCAACUCAUUAUGGCUUUUCAUCUGGAUUGGAUAAAAUUGGAAUUGAAGCAAAAUUACAAGAACUAUGUUUGAAGAACUUAAAUGAUUUAUCAUCAUUUGAUUUGAUCAGGAUGGAUGAAGAAAAUAAAUUCAAACCAACAGAGACUGGAAGAUUAAUGGCAUGGUACUAUAUUGCAUUUGAUACAGUGAAACAGUUUUUCACAAUUAAGGGAACAGAGACUUUAAAUGAAUUGAUUACAAUGAUCUGCAACUGCACAGAAUUUCUGGAUGUCAAGUUAAGAACUAAUGAAAAGAAAAUACUGAACACAUUAAAUAAAGACAAGGACAAAAUAACUAUCAGGUUUCCAAUGGAGGGGAAGAUAAAAACGAGAGAAAUGAAAAUAAACUGUCUUAUUCAGGCUCAGCUCGGAUGCAUUCCUAUUCAAGACUUUACUUUGACACAAGAUACUGGCAGAAUAUUUAGAAAUGGCUUAAGAGUCACUAGAUGGUUAACUGACUUUCUCGCAUCAUGCAAGGGCAACUUUUCUGCUUUAUUAAACUCUUUGAUUUUAGCAAAGUGUUUCAGAUGCAGACUUUGGGAAAAUUCACUUCAUGUGUCUAAACAACUGGAAAAAAUUGGUGUAUCACUUGCAAACGCUAUGGUGAAUGCUGGGCUGACAUCAUUUAAAAAAAUAGAAGAAACAAAUGCAAGGGAACUUGAAUUGAUUUUAAACAGACAUCCUCCUUUUGGAAACCAGAUAAAAGAAUCUGUUUUGCACCUUCCAAAAUAUGAACUUGACAUUGAACAGCUUCCAAAAUACAGUGAUACAUUGGCUGAAAUCUUAGUAACCAUCAGAUUAACGAACUAUGAGCAGCUACAAAUAAAGAGAACAGCAACAGACUUCCACUAUGUUACAUUGGUUAUAGGAGAUGCUGACAACCAAGUCAUUUUUAAUCAGAAAAUUAUGGAUUCUGUGCUGCUGAAAACUGGCAAUUGGACAAAGAAAAUUGAAGUGAAAAGAGCUCUUAAAUCAGAGGAAAUUAGUAUAAAUUUAAUUAGUUCUGAUUAUGUUGGCCUUGAUAUACAGCAAGCAUAUACAGCCUUUUACUUAACACCAAAACCAGUGGGAAGUAAGGUGGUUACAAAUCAAAACCUUCAGGCCAAGUCUUCACUUGAUACAUGUUACGGCUCACCUCAGAGUCUGUCAGCAGCAAAAGUAGAUACAGGAGACAAAUCUAAACAAGGGAUUACUUACAAGAAAUACGGAAACAGAGAAUGCAACCACCGCUGUAAAAACAAAGAUGUGUGUGGACAUGACUGCUGUAAAAUUGGAGUACCUCCAAAGUCUGAGAUGAAUGGAGAUGCAAAGUUUUCUUUGUACCUAGCUGAUUUAAGGAGCAGGAACUCAAUUUCAUGUGUACCCCCAGUAAAACGUUUAAAGAUGCAGAUGUUAAAUCAAACUGUGGAUCUCAAGCAAUUUGUUUUUACACCUAAAUCUUCAUUGCCGGCAUUGCUGAGGUCUAGCAAUGGACAGUCAUCUUCAUUACCUUCAGUGGACCAGGCAGAUAAUAUUAAUAGCUUAGGGGGAUUUCAGAAACAACUGCAAUCCUGGAACUAUGGGAAAAGUACAGAUCUGUGUGAACGAAGCUUUGAUUAAUUUGGCUAUUAAAUAGCAGUUCCAAUGUUUAAGUCAUACUCAGACAUAUAAGAAACACUAUGCUGAAAUGAAUGGAAUCUUUUUUUUAGUCUGUACUGCUUUGAGUGUUGGCAGCUAUACUGCGUAAUUUUAACAUCCUUGUCAACAAGGACAAUGGGAUUGAGCGCACCCUCAGCACGUUUUAUGACAACACCAAGCUGUGUGGUACAGUCAACACUCUGGAGGGGAUGUGGAAGGGAUGCCAUUCUAUGGUUCUGUAAUUUCAUUUUUGCUUAAUAUUUUGACAAUGGGAUUGUAAUCCUAUUUCUUUAAUGCUUCAUAUUUUCCUGCAAUACUAAUUUACCUGCUAUAGUUGUUCUCAUCUUAAGAUGGAAGACUGUUGCAUAGGUGUAUCAUGGUUUGCUAGGGGGAGAGAGCAGGGUGUUAAUGUAUCAUAUGAUUGUGUUAAAAGAAUAAAGUCAUGGGAUGACCAAUGGAUAUUCCAGUAUAGCUAUAGUCUGUGCUAAAGAACAUCUUGAGGCAAAUCAUACAGGAUCAAGGGAAUGUAGAAGAUACUGCUGACUAAAAACCACCUCUGUUGAAUAAGCAGCAGAAAAGCCAGCCUUGGCCAGAAUGAUUGGGCUGGCUGGAUUUUACAGAAACGCACCAAAAAUAGUUCUAAUAAAGGCAUCAGUUUAUGUGAUUUUUAUAGGGUUAACUGCAUCUGUAAUACACUAUCUUUCCAUUUCAUAAAAAAAAAAAAAAAAAGAGAAAGGUAAUUAAGAAUAUACAGUGAAAUUGUAGUAACCUAAAUACAUAAUUUAAAGUCUGUGUAACUGCAGUAAUGCACUAUGCUGACUGUGCACAUCCCAAAUGACAAUGGCAGUCCCUUCAUGUUGUUGCCAAUGUCUCUGGAACAGGAUUUCUGAUUUGAGCCUGUCCUGCUACCCCUCUGUUGAAAGGGAGACCUGGAUCAGGAUUUUUUAGGCAAAUUAGGGCCAUGGCAACAGAAUGAAGUUUCCACCACUGUCUGAUGCUGGAGGGUAGUUUGGCAAAAGAAAGAUGAAAAAAAUAGCAGAGAGAA